UUUGAAUAUUUACAUGAUAAAGCAUAUGCUUCACCACAUAUAUAAUCCAAAAAAGCAUAUACACAGAGCUUUAAUAGGAAUUUUCCCGACAAAGCUCGAGAGGACAUUCGGGAAGCUUUCGCGUGGAAGAGGAUAGCUUAAUCUAAAUGGGAUGCUGCGGAAGGGAGAUAAAUGUUUCCCGGAGGUUGGCUACAGGAAACGGUGGGACGGAGCAAAUUGAAGGGAUUGACGGAAGGAAAAAGGAAAGCAGAAAAAGGGGGCCCCGUAUUCAGUUCGUGUGUAUGUGUGUGUGAAGACGAAGAAGUUGAACUCAUCCCAAUAAUGCAAUUUGUGAGCUUUGACAUUUUCCCCACGCGCAUUUCCGCCCCCGGAUCUGAGGAAACGGGCGAAUGGCCACCCACACCCCAUCAUGAGGCGUGAAAGAAUGUCGCGCGACACACGGAAGGGGAUUUUUUUGCGGUGUGAACGAUGCCAAAUAUGGAGCAGGAAGUGGGGAAUUGGGACUCAGUACUACUGGAGAGUCCCACUGAGGACAAUUUCAUCAGUAACCUCCAUCUCCGCUACAAACGAGAUCACAUUUAUACCUACAUCGGGACAUACCUCGUGUCCAUAAAUCCAUUCAAGCCACUCCCACUCACAACGCCGGAACUCGUAAAGACCUACGCCACACGGGGUCUCUUCAAGCUACCACCUCACAUAUUUGGCGUUGCGAGUGGUGCCUAUAGGAAUCUAUUGGACUUCCAUGAGGACCAGGCUAUUGUGCUGACGGGUGAGAGUGGAAGUGGGAAGAGUGAAACAGCCCAAAUGGUGGUGGACUUCCUCACGCGAAUCCCCCAAAUUCGACGGAAUCACUCAAAAUCCCGCCAAAGGGGCUCCACGGGGUCCCUCUGUUGUUCCUCCCGUGGCUCCAGCAAUGCCUCGCGCUCCUCCACGCCCAAGCAUGAAGCCACGCUCGACUCUCCGGGCAGCCAAUCGCGUGGGAGCUGCAUUCUGCGCCAGAGGAGUGUUGAGAGCGACAAAUCCGGGGGGUAUGGAAGCCUCAAGCGGUGCUGCCACGACCGAAUGCCAGACUGGAAGAGCUCAGAGUGUUUACCGUCAAAGUGCCAAACUCACACGCAUUCCACGCCACGUGUGAGCAGGAUGUGCCCGAAGCAUCACGGGGAGCACCAUCAGAAGAAUGUUGUCCUUUCGCGAGCUCUCUACGAUGACUGCGUGCCCUUCCGCCGAUCGUGUUCACUCCAUCGCAAGGAGGUUGGCAUGCAGGAGAAGCUCGCUACGUUGGAUGGUCUAGCGAAAAGUUACGGUUUCAUAGCCAACAACACCACGAGUAGGACGUCAAAGUGCUCAAUGGACUGUGAUCGCACACCCGUGAGACGUGCCAAGACGCCACCACCGCACUUUGGACGAAGCUCCACCGGCUAUGGGAACAUUUCGAACAUUGUUGAGAACUUCCGGAGAAUCCUCAGGAAUCGCAUGACCACCGAAGAGGCGGAAUUGCAGCAAUACAGGGAGAAAAUUGCUCAUGCGGAGGUUUUUAUGAGUGCCAUGGGAUCAGCUAAAACGACCAAGAAUCGCAAUUCUAGUCGAUUUGGAAAAUUCUUCGAUAUUGAGAUUGAUUUUAAAGGAGACGUCAUCGGUGGACAUAUUUAUCACUACAUGCUCGAGAAGACUCGCGUGACGAGUUUUGUGGCAAAUGAGAGGAAUUUCAAUAUAUUCUACCAACUGCUAACCGGAGCGGACAUCCACCUGCUGAAAGCUCUCAAAUUGCAACGGAAUAUCGAAAAGUACGAAGUGUUGAAGAACAGCUUGGCCACAGAGGAGGAUCGUCUGGCGUUUUCACGCUCAAAACGAAGCCUCGACACGAUGGGCUUCUCGUGCGAGGAGAUCACGUCGAUUUUUCGCAUCUUGGCGGUUGUGCUGAAGCUGGGGAAUCUCGUUUUCCUGCCAACGACCAACAUUGACGGCACGGAAGGGUGCACGAUUGCGAAUGAGUAUGAAAUUGUGGAGAUCGCGCAAUUGCUGGAGAUUCACGUGGACGUCCUCGUGCUCUGCCUCACGCGUACAAGUGCAAAUUGGACACAAAUCCCCGAUAAUUGGAUUGAGGUGGAUGCAGAGGUGGCGACAAAGAUGAAGCUAACACUGUGCAGGAUUCUCUAUGGGAGGUUGUUUGUGUGGCUCGUGUCACGCGUGAAUGAGGAGAUAAAGAGUACACGCCUCAAUGGGCACAAGCGCUUCCUCGGUGUGCUCGACUUCUCAGGGUUUGAGGUGCUCGAGAGGAAUUCCCUGGAGCAGCUGGCCAUCAAUUACUGCAGCGAACGCCUGCAGCAGCACUUCCUCAGCAUGGUGUUGCGUGAGCAGCAGGAAUUGUACGUGCGUGAGGGCUUGGAGUGGCAGCACGUGGACUUUUUUGACAAUGCUGGCAUCUGUGAUUUAUUCGAUCGCCCCAAUUAUGGGAUUCUCAGUCUCCUCGAUGAGCCACACGUAAGCUGCGACGACAUCUACCUCACGCGCAUCCAUCAGUGCUCCGAUGGGCAUCCCAAUUUCCUCGCUGAUGACACAGUCAGCUGCCCGAAUACCUUCCAAAUUCGCCACUAUGCCGGCACAGUGAGCUACAGUGUGGUGAAUUUUGUGGAGAAGAACUCCGAGCAGCUGCCGCGGAGCGUUAGCUAUGGGCUGUAUCAGAGACAGCGUGGCUCAAAGCGGCCCACGUCGCUGGCAAAUAAUCUCCGUGUUGGCAUUCAGACACUGCUGAAGACCUUGACGCGCCGGAAGUGUCACUACGUGUUCUGCCUGAAACCGAAUGAAUUCGAGGAGCCGCGACACUUUGAGAUGUCCCUCGUGCAGCAUCAGGUGCGCUACCUCAGCCUCAUGCCAGUUCUCAGUGUCUGGCGCAGUGGCUACUGCUUCAGUAUGAGCCACGUAGCCUUCCUGGCGCGCUACAAACUCCUCAACAAUCUCACAUGGCCACACUUCCCACGUGGCUCCAUCGUGGAAGCCAUCGCGCUGAUUGUUCGCUCUCUGCCACUGCCCACGGCGGAAUUCACCAUCUGCACGCAACGUGUCUUCAUCCGUAGUCCCCGGACAGUGACGGAGAUGGAGGAAUUCCGACGGAUGCGCCUCGCAGAGCUUGCCACGUUGAUUCAGAAAACAUUCCGGGGAUCAAGGGAACGGAGGCAGUUCCUCCGACUUCGACGGAGUCAAAUUGCAAUUGCAAAGGCAUGGAGGAAGUGGAGGUCCCGGGAAGAAUAUCGCGUGGUGAAGUACCAAAGGCAGAUCAAUUGGGUCGUUGAGGUGAUUGAAAGGCACUACAUUAACUGGAAACGUCGCCAGUUCCUCAUCCUACUGCCACAUCGUCUUCCACUGGACAGUAUGAGUCCACUUUGCAAUGAAUGGCCACGUGUGCCGCAUUACUUGGCAGAAACGUCGCAACUUUUACGCAAAAUCUACCAUCGAUGGCGGUGCCACAAAUACAGGAAGUUGUUCGACCAAACAGCCCGCAAUCGGAUGCGCGAAAAAGUGACGGCGAGUAUUAUUUUUAGAGACAGGAAAGUUUGCUAUUCCAAAUCCAUUGGACGUCCUUUUAUCGGGGACUACGUGCGGCUGAGGCAGAAUAUUCAGUGGAAGAGAAUCUCAAUGGAGACAAAUGAUCAGUACGUGGUCUUUGCGGAUAUUAUUAAUAAGAUCACAAGAACGAGCGGAAAGUUCGUCCCGAUUCUUUUAGUCCUGUCCACGAGUUCAAUGCUUCUGCUGGAUCAGAAGACACUGCAGGUGAAGUACCGUGUUCCUGCUACGGAAAUCUACCGCCUUUCCCUCUCACCCUACCCCGAUGACAUUGCUGUCUUUCACAUAAGACCGACCUACUACUGCCCCGAGGGAUGCCGGUGCCGUCAUCAGACGCUCUAUCAGCAACACCAGUCAACCGAUUCUCCCACAGGAUGUCUCUUUCAGUCGGAAAUGAGCCGGCAAAAAGGUGAUUUCGCCUUCCAGACGUGUCACGUCAUUGAAAUUGUUACAAAGCUCUUUCUCGUGAUACAAAAUGCCACUGCAAAGCCACCCGAAGUUCACAUUAGCACAGAAUUUGAAGCCAAUUUCAAUCAGCAAACAGUCAUUUUUACCUUUAAAUGCGGUCGUGUACCUGAAGCAACGGCAAAAGUCAGUCGGAAAGGAAAUCGCAUGGAAAUUGUUAUUUAAAUUUAAAUGAAAAUCACAAGAAAAGAAAAGAGAAAAACCCUUCACGGAGCAUUUUGAAAUUGUGCGCACAAAAUGUAUCGAAUAAUUAGAUCAAAAAAUUAUUUUUCUCGCUCACGAAAAUUGGAUUAAAUAAAAUAAAAAAAAUACUAGGUAAUUAAAAAAAAUGCGAAAAACUCACUAAAUUCGUCACUAUUUUUCUCCUUUUCUUUCCGACGCUGUUAAAGAUUAGAUAUUUAUGGUAUUUUAGGCAAUUUGAAAUAUUAGGUAAAUAAACAAAAAAAAUCACAAAUAGGAGAAUUUGAAGGAAUAAAAUAUUCAAAAUAGUACAAAAGAACCCAAAAAGGAAUAAUAAAAAAAAAUAAUUAGAUGCGAAGGGAUGAGUUGGUGUCGAUUUGGAACAUUUACCUUUCAAAAUUUUCACAAAAAAAAAUGAAAAUUGAACAAUAAAUAGAGAUUUUUACAAAAACAGAUAAAAAAAUCAGCUUGAAAAGCUUAAGAAUGAAUUAAUUAAGCAGUGACGUAUGCAGGGAGUUUGUUUUAUUAUUCAUUUUCUGUUCUGAAUAUCUGAAAUUGUAUUUGGGCAAUAAGUGCGAAAAGAGAGCUUUUGAAAGCUUUUACUGUUUUGUGGGCAAAAAGUGACUCACAAAAUUCUUGAAUAUUUCGCUUUCAAUUUCAAUUUGAACUCGUAAAGUUCUCAGAAUGAUAAAUAAGGCUUUCAGAAUCUCCUGAAAGUUUCAUUUAAGCUGAAGAAAAAAAAACGAUUUUUUAACUAUGUUGGUUACUUUUUAGGCAAUAUAUGUAACUCAAAGCUUUCAAAUAAUUGUAAAAUAAUUCCGUAAAAACGAACUUGAAAUAUAAUUUUAACAUUUAACUUUUCCUUUAUUUCUAACGUAUACAGAUCCCCAAAAAAUAAAAUAAAUUAUUUUAAUUUUUUUAUUUAAAAAAAACUCAAACUUUCUCUGCAUACAGUCCUGGCAGAAACAGACUAUAAAAAAGAUUUUAAAAAAAAAACGUCUCUAUUAUAAGCCAACAGCUUUACAUUUUGAAAGAUCUUUUAGGCAAUUAAAAGUUUAUCUUUUAACGAAUUAUUAUUUUGAAUAUAAUAUUUUUAAAAAAUCAUUUAUAAAUUCAGUUUAAGAAGAUUUCUUUGGGACGCUCUGAAAAAAGGGUCCGAAAUAGAAACAAAACGUUAUGCUUAUAGAUAUCAAAAUGAGCUUUAAAACAAAGACUUUUGUGAAAUUUUCUUUCAUAACUCGUUGAAUUUUACUUUCAAUCUUUUACCAAAAAUUAAAAUUCUUCAAAGUCAAAAAAAAUCAUAAAAAAUGUAGAAGAAAAUAAAGAAAAAGUAUUUAUAAAAAAACAUAUCCCAAAGAAAAGUUUUUUGGGUUUUCACACCACGCGCACCUUCUCUGUUAUUAGUGUUUUAAGAAGAAAAAAAAAGAAGAAAGAAAACAAUAAGAUAAUAAAUGAGAGAAAAUAUUUAGAAAAAAAGAAAAAUUAUAUAAAUAGUAAAAUUAGAAGAUGAAAAAAACGUUAAUCACUAGGAAAAAAAAGAAUUUUAAAUUGUAGACUUUAUCACUCUUCACAUGAAUCCUCCUCUGUACGAAGUGUUGUGUUAACAGAAAUCACUGCCACAUGUUGAAAUAAAUGAUGACAAAUUAGUUUAGUAUUUAAGGCACACAAAUAUGUGUUAGAAGAUGCAAAAGAUUAAUCACUGUGACAUUUUGAAACAAAAAAAAUAAAUAAAUAAUAAUCUUUUAGCCUUCCUCUGAGAAGAUUUUUCUUUAAUAAAAAAAUAAUAAUUCAUCUUCAUUCUAUUUGAACUUUUUGAGGAAUUCUUUUCUUUUGCAUUUUGGAGUGAAUAAAACAAAGUUAAUCAAAUUGUGCCAAAAAGAUAAUUUUCUCUUGUCUUCCUCUAAAUUUUUUCUAUUAAAAAUAAAUUAAUAGAUCUCAUUGAAUACUUUGCUCAAAGAUCAAAAGGGAUCUUUGCCUACAAAUUUUUCUUAAAUUUCUCAAUGGAUUUAAUUCUUUGGAAAGAAAAUUAUUAAAUUAGCAAAACAAAGCAUUAAGAUUAAAAUCGAAUUUAAAAAGAAAAAGGAAGGAAAAUGAAUAAUGAGAUAACAUUGAUAAUAAAAUGAAGAAAAAAAUCAAAGUUUAUUUAAAAUUAAAUGAAGAAAAAAAUGAAUAGAAAAUGAAAAAGAAAAUUAUUAAUUAUUAUAUAAUAAAAUGCAAGAUGAAGAAUAAAGAAAUAAUUACACCGGUUAA